GGACCGCUUGGUACUACCAACAAAUACGACACAUUAGUGUCAUUUCACCAUGCAUCUGUUGCACUGGGAGCACAUGGGGGAGCAGCUUUUCUACCCUGGCAUAGGAUCUAUUUGAUUAUGUUUGAAAUUGCAUUGAAGCAAAAAAGGUCGGGAGUUUCCUUACUUUAUUGGGACUCAACCAUUGAACAAGGUUUAUCAAAUCCUCUUUUGUCAAAUCUAUGGGGACCAACGUUCAUGGGCAACGGUGAUGGUGAUGUAACAACGGGGCCCUUUGCCAACUGGGACGCUACUGAUGGUAGAAAACUUACACGCGCUGCUCAAACCAUCCCAAACCAACUCACUACGCCAGCUGAUAUCCAGAGAGUUUUAAACAGAACAAGAUAUGAUGAAAUAGCAUGUUUUCAAUGCAGGCUGUUGGAGACUUUUCAUGGAUACGCACAUAACUAUGUAGGCGGACAAAUGGGGAAUAUCUUUUUCUCACCAAAUGACCCUAUUUUCUGGAUGCAUCAUGCCUAUAUUGACUGUAUCUGGGAGGAAUUUAGAGAAGACAGCCAGAAAACAAAUAUAGACACUGAGUACCCAGCUAACUUUGGACAACCACCCCAUCAUCCCCAAGCGUUGAUGGAGCCAUUUAGUGACUUUGUCGCAUCGGUCAAAAAUAUUGAAGGAUUGAGUACGUUUAUUACAUCAGGGUGUUAUAAGUGUGAUCGCCGUCCAAAAUGUCCUAAUUGCGGUAACACUCCAAAUUUGUACUGUGACAGGGUGGACAAUCGCUGUAAACCAUACAUAAGUUCAAAUAACUGUGGAGAAGAUACGGCACUAGUCCCUGCAGUGAUCUACUGUGACCGGUCUGUAUAUGGGAACCAAAACUACGGUGUGAACGGGGUC